CAGCAUGGCGGCUCCCAUGGACGGUGUGGGUAAACAUCCAGCAGAGCUUCCACCAGUCAAUAGCACAAGUUUCCAGAAGAAAACAAGGAGCAGGUUAAUCUCCAUACCCGGCACCAGACCCUCGGUGCAAAAUGGACAACUGUUAGUGUCGACCGGCGUCACGUCGCUCGACUAUCUGCUCGGUGGCGGGUUGGCGGUUGGAACAGUUCUUCUCAUCGAGGAAGACCGGUAUGAUAGCUACUCUCGCAUGAUCUUAAAGUACUUCCUGGCAGAAGGAGUGGUGUGUCAGCACAAACUUUUUGUGGCAUCGGCUCAAGAUAACCCCGAGGACAUUUUACAGGAACUCCCGUCUCCUAUCUUGGAUGAUGUUGCUAUCCCCAAGGUGGUGGAACAGCCUCGACUGCCAUGUGAGCCUCAGGACAGGUUGGAUGCCAUGAAAAUUGCUUGGCGCUAUCAAAAUCUCCCCAAAGUCCAGAGUGCCCUUGCGUCGUCCUCUCGGUUCGGACAUUACUAUGACGUCUCCAAGACGAUGGAGCCAGAAAUUCGCCAGGCAGCCAAGUGCCACCGCUUCUACCUUCCAGACCAUCCCACCCAGUCAUCAAAUACACACAGUCCCAUGCUGGAGUCCUACUCUGCGUUGCUGAAGUCUCUUGAAGAGGUCAUACACAGGGAGGGCUUUGAUGUAGUUGCCCCCAUGCCAAAGUCGCGAAACAUCCUGCGUGUUGGGCUUCACUCGCUUGGCUCAGCUCUGUGGGGUGAUGACCUGAGUUGCCAUGACAACCCCAGGCAUCGUCACGCCCUGACGACCUUUCUCUACGGACUGCGUGCCUUGCUCAGGUCAUCGCUGUCCGUUGCAGUAGUUACUGUACCUUCUCAUCUUAUCCAGGACAGGGCUCUAAUGGGCAGUAUAACCAGGCUAUGUGACAAUGCCAUAGCCUUGGAAUCUUUCAAAGGCUCUGAGAGAGAAACGAACCCUCUCUACAAAGACUACCAUGGCCUGUUACACGUUCACCAGGUACCUCACCUGAACUCUCUGGCGAACCAGCUCCCCGACCACAAGGACCUGGCUUUUAAGCUCAAGAGAAAACAGUUCAGCAUUGAGCGGCUGCAUUUGCCUCCUGACUUGUCUGAGACCGUGAGUCGUGUGAGCAGGGGCGAACUGGCAGGAGCGACCGCGGCGGCCUCGGCCUGUGGCUCCGGCACUUCCGGCAACAAACACCUGGACUUCUAGAGCUCCCACACAGUCGCCACGGGCAACCAACACCUGGAACGCCACGGCGCUGUCCUCUUUACCGCGGCGACCAGGUUGUUCCCUCGCCCACGUCAUGUCAACCGCGAUAACCCUGCCAGUCAUUACCACCUGCCAACUGGCCCAGCCAGGGGUGACGAUCUAAACAUCCACAGUACCCGUUCCCUUCACAGACAUGUUUCAUUAUGAGUCUUAAGCCUUUUUUAUAUGAGCAUACGCUUCACUCUUUACGUUUUCCCCGAGUUCAACAGCUGACAGCGGCUUAUUUAACUUUAGUUUUUAGCUGUGGGGUUUCUUUUCCCCCCCAGUAAGUUGCUCUGAAUUCCAAACCCUAUGGUGUUGAAGAAUAUAGGAAGGCCUGUGAGUGGCAGGGCGUCUCGUGCUUCAUCAAAUUAAAAUUCAGGAAGGAGAAUUAUUUAAGGUUUGAUACACUGUGUGUUGUUCUCUGCCUCUGGGGAUUUUGUUUACAAGUAAAGUGUAAUCAUGAAAUAUUUUUAGUCUUUACAGACUCCAGCUAGGCAAACAUUAAAUAAUUUAACUCAGCUCUGGGCUUACUUCACAAAACAAGGCACUUGUGCUUUUCUUUGCCAUUUACAGUCUAAAAAUCCUACUUGAUUUGUAGAAUAAUGAAAUGUGCGUUU